AUGUUCUUGCAGAAUCUUCGACAGCGAUCGAUUUCGACAGAAGAGCUCCUCGUCUUCCUUCAUCGCCCCAUCGUCAAUUCGGAUUCGAGACAGCCAUGCCAUCGAUCGACAAUGUUGCUCCACGACCGUGGACGGAGAGAGAGAGUGGCAUAUGCCAUGCAGAAUGAUGCUGUGGAAGAAAUCCUGAGAACCGGAAGCUAUGUGGAGCUGACUCUUUGGGUACAAAUUGUGGAGAAGGCGGAGAAGAUCGUCGUGGACAAAAUCAAGGAGAACCUGGAGGAGAACGCCAACGUCGUCUAA